AUGGUGCCGCUGCCAUUGUUCAAGCUUGGAUCGCUGUUUCUCCGGCAUAUUUCCAAAUAUGGCGCUAACCGCAUUAAGAAGCAAGCUCACGACCACGCGCGAUUCCGUGCCUUUGCCGCCCGGUACGGCCAGAUGAUGCACCAGCUCAACAUGCGCACGUCGGUCGCCCUCCUCCGCGACCCCGAGGCGGAGCGGCGGGCGCGGGAAAAGGCCGAGGCGCCGACGGUCAAGACGGAAGCCCAAACGCGGCGCGAGGAAGAGGGCAAAGCCAAGGAGCAGCAAAAGGCGAGUCCUGCGGCGGCGACGACGGCGACGGCGACGGCGACGACGAAACAAAAGACGACGCCCCGGAGGCAGCCGUUUCAAAACAUUUGGACGCGCAAGUUCCGGGCGCUGCCGGAAGACAAGGCCGUGGACCUGUUUGCGGACGUGGUGGGCGACACCUUCAUCCUCGGGGUGGCGGUCGCGCUCAUCCUGUACGAGUACUGGCGCUCGCAGCAGAAGCCGGACAGCAACAAGGAGCAGAUUGAGGCGCUGGGCAAGCGGCUGGACGAGCGCGAUGGGGCGCUGCGCGAGGCCGAGGCGCGGCUCGGGGCGGUGGAGGAGGCGCUGCGGGCGCUGCGGGAUGCGGGCCCGAAGAAAGCGGUGCAGGCGUCGUUGGGGGAAGCGGCGCCGACGUGA